AUGAAGAAACUUUCUAAAUGCACUCUAUGUGGUAAAGCCUUUCCCUAUUCCACUGAUCUUGUACGGCAUAAAAGAACACACACUGUUGAGAAGCCUUACAAAUGUAAUCAAUGUGGUAAACCCUUUGCACAAAACAGUCAUCUCAAAAGCCAUACAAGAACACAUACUGGAGAGAAACCUUAUGAAUGUAACCAGUGUGGUAAAGCCUUUGCACAAAACAGUCAUCUCACAAGACAUAAAAGAACACACACUGGACAGAAACCUUAUGAAUGUAACCGAUGUGGUAAACCCUUUGCAGAAAACAGUACUCUCAUACGGCAUAAAAGAACACACACUGGAGAGAAACCUUAUGAAUGUAAUGAGUGUGGUAAAGCCUUUGCAGAAAACAGUACUCUCUUAAGCCAUAAAAGAACACACACUGGAGAGAAACCUUAUGAAUGUAGUGAGUGUGGUAAAGCCUUUGCAGAAAACAGUACUCUCUUAAGCCAUAAAAGAACACACACUGGAGAGAAACCUUAUGAAUGUAACCAGUGUGGCAAAGCCUUUGCAGAAAACAGUACUCUCUUAAGCCAUAAAAGAACACACACUGGAGAGAAACCUUAUGAAUGUGAUAAGUGUGGUAAAGCCUUUGCAUUAAACAGUCAUCUCGUAAGUCAUAGAAGAACACACACUGGAGAGAAACCUUAUAAAUGUAACCAAUGUGGUAAAGCCUUUACAGAAAACAGUACUCUCAUACGGCAUAAAAGAACACACACUGGAGAGAAACCUUAUGAAUGUAACCAGUGUGGUAAAGUCUAUGCACAAAACAGUCAUCUCAUAAGACAUAAAAGAACACACAUUGGAGAGAAACCUUAUGAAUGUAACCAGGGCAGUAAAGCCUUUGCACAAAAAAAGUCAUCUCAUAGGCAUAAAAGAAAACAUACAAGAAAGAAACCUUAUGAAGAUACCGAAUGUGGCAAAGCCUUUGCACAGCAGAGUGGUCUCCAAAAACGUGAAAAAACACACAAGCUGGGCCUUUUCCGCCAACUGUCUAUAGCUGAGGUCACCCAGCUCUUGCAGCAGCUGGUCGUUGGCUUCAAGUCAGAUUUCUUUACAAUCUGCAGCUAA